AUGUCCCGCCAACUCAUCUCCAGCGAGAAAUUCCCUCCCAAGCCACACAACUGCCCGGCUACCAAAGUCCCCGGCCUCGUCUUCUGCGCCGGCCAAACAGCCACAGGAGAGAUCAAGCAAGCGACGCGGACCGUCCUGCAGAACCUCAAGGAGGUCCUCGAGCUCGCCGGCUCCUCGCUCGAGCAGGUCGUCAAGUACAACGUGUACCUCGCCGACAUGAAGGACUUUGCCGCCAUGAACGAGGUGUACAUUGACUUUCUGCCCAAGCCCAUGCCCUCGCGGUCGUGCCUGCAGGCCCUUCCGCCGGGUGACGGCACCGUCAUUGAGAUUGAGUGUAUUGCGCAGGCCUGA